GGAUAAUUAUGUGCAACAUGGUCUUAAUAAAAUGUAAUUGUAGUUGCAUGUGAGGAGUAUCCUAUUUAGCGAUGUGUUUGUGUAUAUAUAUACAGAGUUAGUGACCGUCUGUAUUAAAUAUAUUUUGAAUUAAAAAGCCUCGUACUUAAAUGAAAUAUGAAGGGAGGCUUUCAUACCUUGUUUCGGAGAUUUUGUCUCGAAACCAGUAUUCUAGGGCUCAAGUAUUUCUAUUUGUAUCCAGAUUUAUUUUCCAGAUGUUUCUGGGGAAUAUCGUUAAUUUCAGUGCUAUACUUGGCUUUUCAAAUGACGAUUUUUCUUUACAAACGGUUCGAUGAAAUGCCAACCCGAAUAACUAUAGAAACCAGUUCGAGCCAAUGCUGAAUAUCUCAUACCCGGCGAUAACAAUAUGCUCACCCAAUCAAAUAACCCUGACGGCAAUGAAGCACUUAAAUAGGACGCUUGUAGAUGGCAACCGUACUUUAGAUCUGAUCGCUAUUCUACCGCAGUUGCUAGGAUUUUACACAAUAACUGAGGUCAAUAUUGACAGCCUGAAAAAUUUGGAAGAUUUAUUGCUAGUGAAUAGAUAUUACGCCACGGAAAUAUUAUCACUAGUACCACAAUCUUGUGAUGAUUUUCUGAAAUUGUGCUAUUUGGAUAAGAUACGUUAUCCGAAAUGUAAGGGUCUUUUUAAUCCUAUACUGACUAACGGCGGGAUGUGCUGUAUUUUUAACAGUAUGUACGCUUACAGAAAUCAUAGGAGGAAUGAAAAAAUCAGAAAUUUCGUGGGUUAUAGUGGCAAAAUAACGGGUAUUUUAAGUGGUUUGACAGUGGUUACUGAUUACAAUCCCGACGACGCUGUAGAUGGCACCGUCAUCCACGCUGGAGCUUUAAAAAUAAUGGUUUCGGAAUCAACCACAUUCCCUGUCGAAGACGAAUCAAAUCUAAUUCACCCAAAUGCAGAAUCCUUUCACCUUUUAAAUCCUAUUUACACGUAUUGCUCAACGGAAGUCAGCUCCCUACCGUCUUGGAGUCGUAAUUGCUACUUCCCGGAUGAGAAAUGGCUGUCACAUUUCCAACACUACCGCCGCUCGGACUGCGAGGUGUUGUGUGCUGCUAAAGAUAUCGAACGCUCAUGCAACUGUUGGCCGCCGUAUUUGCCUUACGCUAGGAACAUUUGUAAUAUAACGAGCAUAGCGUGUAUUGUGAGUUCUAAAGAAAACUCUCUGGUGCCUGAUUCCUGCAACUGUCAGCGAGACUGCGAAGCGUUUCAUUACAGAAUUGAAACGAGCGUCGGUAAUCUGGACGGACUCAAAUACUUGACGAUUAACCCGUACUCGGAUGUGCAGUUUACAAACAGCACAUCAAUACUUCACUUCUUUUUCACGAAACCUGUGUAUGUGAAGCAAAAACAGGAGACCGUGAUGUCGCUUAUUACUUUGUCAUCAAACCUCGGCGGUGUUUUCGGCCUGUGUCUCGGGUGUAGCGCCAUCAGUGUUAUGGAAAUUAUUUUCUACACGUACGCGUAUAUUAGAAACAAAAUAGUCAACAUUAAGAGAAGAUAUAAAAAGAAACUCACAUAUUUUUUACAUUAAUUGAUAAUAUUGACAUCGGCAAAUAUUCUUGGUUGGUUGUGUUGAAUCUGGUCUUCAUUCGUGCAAAGACGUGCACAGUAUAUUCUGCCAACGUCGUGUAGAAUGAACAGGGCAGUUUUAUUCACCAACAUCAAUCUCAAUGUUCCAAAUAUUCUAUGAACGUCCAAGUCUACGUCGGAUCGGGAAACAUUCAUAUAAGAUUAUUUAUUACACGAAUUUCAAUAAGACUUCAUCAAUAUUCAUAGUGCACUUUCAGUCUGAAUAUAUUUCAAUCUGGUAACACGCAGCGGGACUUACACAAUGGGUAUUAUUUAAUGCUAGAAACUAAUAUUUUUAAAAGCUUUUAUCGUAAUAAAGAUUUACUCCAUA